UGCAAUUGCCGACGCCGGCGUUGCGGUCCGGUGCGGGGCAGUGCAGCCCUGCAGGUCAUGGUGCUCGGCCGCAGGCUGUUCGGCUGCCGGAGCCUCGCCGCGCUGGGAGUCGCCUGCGCGCGCCGCGGCCUUGGCCCAGCCCUGCUGGGAACCCUCCUGUAUUACACAGAUUUAAGGAAGAGUUUGACUGUGGAACAGAGCGCCAUGAAGGUUGAGCUACUGCCUGCCCUGACCGACAACUACAUGUACCUGAUCAUUGACAAGGACACCCGGGAGGCUGCCAUUGUGGACCCUGUGCAGCCCCAGAAGGUUGUAGAAACCGUGAGAAAGUAUGGUGUGAAGCUGACCACGGUGCUCACCACACACCACCACUGGGACCACGCUGGCGGGAACGAGAAGCUGGUCAAGCUGGAGCCGGGGCUGAAGGUGUAUGGGGGUGACGACCGUAUCGGGGCCCUGACUCACAAAGUCACGCACCUGUUCACUCUGCAGGUGGGGAGUCUCCAUGUUAAAUGCCUAUCGACCCCCUGCCACACUUCAGGACACAUCUGUUACUUGGUGAGCAAGCCUGGUGGUCCGGAUCCCCCUGCUGUGUUCACAGGUGAUACCCUGUUUGUGGCCGGCUGUGGGAAGUUCUAUGAAGGGACUGCAGAAGAGAUGUAUAGAGCGCUGCUGGAGGUCCUGGGCCGGCUCCCUCCAGACACAAAAGUCUACUGUGGCCAUGAGUACACCAUCAGCAACCUCAAGUUCGCACGCCACGUGGAGCCCAGCAACACUGCUGUUCUGGAGAAGCUGGCCUGGGCCAAGGAGAAAUAUGCCACUGGGGAGCCCACGGUGCCAUCCACCAUCGCCGAGGAGUUCACCUACAACCCCUUUAUGAGAGUGAGGGAGAAGACGGUGCAGCAACAUGCCAGCCAGACUGACCCCGUGGCCACCAUGCGCUACAUCCGCAGGGAGAAGGACCAGUUCAAGGCCAAUGAUUACACUGGGCUCAUCCAGAGAGCCCUGAAUACUCUAUCGAGGUCAGUGGAGAGCAGUCCCCACUCCUGUCUGCAGUGAAACCUCACGUGGCCACAGGCUCAGGGAUCAGGACAUGGACGUCACUGGUGGGGAACAAGAUCUACCCUCCUGCUGUGUUUACGAAAAGCACACUCUGGUACUGCAGCCAAUGGCAGGUGACUGAACUGAAUGAGGCUGGGACCACACCCUGCCCCUGGCGAAGCCCGGGCCUUGCCUGCCAGGAGCACAGGGGAGACAGGCGGGCGGCCCACCUGUGGGGAGGGAAGGGCAAAGCCCCAUCACAGAGGGCCCCGCAGGCAGCAAGGCCAGAGGACAUCGAGUAGAGGCCUGGGGCAUGCCAUCAGCAAAGAUCAGCUCACACCUACCUGAGUCCAGGGCCAGGGGACUCCACAUUACAUUCAGCUACGAGAAUGGGAUCCUAACUAGACAAGUUACACUCCACGUAUGUGAAAUACGUCACAUACACUCUACUGCCACAAAUUUAAAAAGAACAAAUUUAAAAAGAUUAAUUCACUUUUUUAGGACGAGGGGCUGAACCCAGGGAUGCUCUACCACUGAGCCCCAGCCCCCCAUUUUUGUUUUGAGAUAGGGUGUCACCGAGUUCCUGGGGGUCUUGAACUUGUGAUCCCCUGCCUCAGACUCCCGAGUAGCUGAGAUUAUAGUUACGCCACUAUGCCUGACCAAAUUCAUUUCUGUAUACUAGAUAUCUAAAAUAAAAUUAAGAAAAUUCCAUUCACAAUAGCAUGAAAACUAGUAAAAUACCUAGGAACUACUUGAGCACAGCAGUUCAUAUGCUGAAAACUACAUAAACUGAAACUUAGCAGAGAGCUAUUAAAUAUCUAAGUCAGAGCUGGGUGCAGUCCCACACCUGGGAUCCUAGUGCCUGGCAGGGCUGAGGCAGGAGCAUUCCCAGUUCCAGGCCAACCUCAGCAACUUAGUGAGACCCAGUCUCUGGGGAUGUGCCUGUAGCUCAGUGGUAGAGCACUUGCCCGGCUGGCGUGCAUGCAUGAGUGAGGUCCUGGCUCUGACUCUCUGCAUCACCAAAAUAAAAAUCUAAGUGAAGGGAAGGCAGUGUGCUCAUGGGUUGGAAGGCCACUGUUGAGAGGACAGCUUGGCCACAACAAGGACAGAGCACAGACACAUGACCAGCACGUGUGGACCUCCAGGACAUGCCCCAUGGGAGGAGCUGGGCAUGAGGGAUGUCCUGCAGCUGGACUGGCCACUCCAUGUGGUCCAUGCAUCUGCUGGGGCUGCUGUUGGUGCGCUUGCCUGGGAAAAGCUCUGAGCGCAGGAUCCACACACCACAGAGCCAUGUCAGGAAAGAUGCAGGGGAGGACAGCAAUGCUCAGCAAUGUUCAAGUCACCCCAACACGCUCUAGAAGAGCGUUUCAGCCUGACAGAGAAUGAAGUUAAGGAGGGAAAAGGAUAACCGGAGAGUGUCAAAAACAACCAGCCCAGCACGGCAACCACACCUGGGACCCAGCACCUUGGAGGCUGAGGCAGAAAGCUCAAAAAUUUA